CCGCGGGAGCUGGGCUGUGAGGAGCUGCCGGGGCUGCGGGGCUGUCCUCCUGCUAGUCCAGCGCCGGGCGCCGAAGCUCACUGCCCACAGCCAGGAUGCUCCUCAGCUUCCGCAGGAACCGCCGGAGCCAGUUCAAUCACAUCAUCCAUGGCUUCCUCCCAGCAGCCAGUAUUGCUCCGAAGCCCGCUGUACCGCGCACACCUCCUCCCCGGAGCCCCAACCCGUCUCCAGAGAGACCCAGGUCUGCUCUGGCUGCAGUCAUCCUGGCGACCACGUUGACUGGACAGACAGUGGCCAUUCCCCAGCCUCGCCAGAGAUCCCGGUCUGAGAGUGACGCCUCCUACGUUGAAAAGGACAGCUUCAUCGAGCCCUAUGCCACCACCUCAGAGCUGAGGCCUCGGCAAAGCUGGCAGAAUGAGCCGGGAAGAACUUCCUUACCGUCCUUCGAGACUUUAGGCUGUGGGGAGGACGGGGAUGCUGAAACACAGGUGUCAACCAGCUACAGGGAGUCAGAGUCCAGCACCUGGAAGGAUAUGGGAGAUGGCAGAGAUGCUGCCUAUGCUGUGCCUCACAGGAAUCAGGGACUGUUGUCACAGAAUAUGGUGAGAGAAGAUGAUGUUUCUGAGCAAGAUGGACUAUCACACUUAUCCUCCUCUUCCUCCUCUCUCACACCACAGUACGCUCAACAGAAAGAUGGUAAAUACUCUGUUCUGAAUCUAGAGGAUGAGAAAGUGCCAUUACGUGAAAAACCUCCUCCCUCUCCAGAUGUAGCUGGGAGAGUACAUCAAAGAUAUACAGAAAUGACCAAAGAAAAGUUUGAGGAGUUAAAAGAAGAAACCGUGCAUCUACACGCUGCAAACCAGUCCCUUAGCCUGGAACUGAGCGCCAUGAGACAAGCAAUGAGGGAGUUACAGCUGCAGCUUAGGAGAGCGGGGAAGGACAGCCGGAGGCUGAAGGAGGCAGAAAAGGCAGCCUCUCAGGAAGUAGCCACACCUGAAUUACUUUGCCUAAGGAAGCAAAACCAAGACCUGCUGGAUGAAAACAGGGGGUUGAAGAUGAUUGUCCAUCGUCUGAAUGUAGAACUCAGUCGCUACCAAACAAAAUUCAGGCAUUUAUCUGAGGAAGAGUGUUCCCAAAUCGAAGGCCUCCCAUCAAAGGGCCCCACACCCCCCUGGUUGUUGGAUAUAAAGUACCUCUCCCCACUGUUGCUGGCUUAUGAGGACAGAAUGAAAGAGAAGGACAAACUGAACAGCACGCUGGAGGAGGAAAUGAAAACCUUUAGGCUGCGAGUCCAGGAGGUGGUGAGAGAAAAUGAAGGCUUGCAUCAGCAGUUAAAUCAGAGUAGCCCCGUCACCAGCGAGGAAUGGAGGCAGCUUCAGGCUCAAGCAGAGCUGGUUCUAGAUGAGAACAAGCUGUUGAUAGAGCAGUUGGAGAUUCAGCAAACAAAAGCCAGGGACACCCACCAGGAGCACCUCCAAGAAGUUUCUAAGCUGACUAAACAGCUUGUGCUCCUGGAGGCCAAGACCCAGAGCCAGGAGCAGCAGCUGGUGGAGAGCAAGGAGCAGCUGGGGAGCUUACAGGCCAGAUGCCAGGAACUCAGAGCACAGCUGGACAGCAAGAUCGCCGUAGACGUUCAUACGUCGAUUGUCAAUGAACUAAAAAGCCAGUUGUGGAAGGAAGAAGAGAAAGACAGUGCUGAGAUGGAGGAGCUGCUGGAAAAGCUGACAGCCCUACAGGUGCAGAAGAAGAGCCUGCUUCUGCAGAAAAGCAGCUGGGUCAGCAGAAACAGAGCGCUCGAGGCUGAGCUAGAGCGCAUGCGCAAGACAAACAGGCAAUACCAAAAGAAAAUUGAUGUCCUCAGAAAGCAGGUGGAAAAGGCCAUGGGGAAGGAGAUGUCUGCCCACCAGUACCUAGCACACCUGGUGGGCUUGGCGGAGAAUGUCACCAAGGAACGAGACAGUUUUAAGUAUCUGGCUCAGUGUUUAGAGAGCGAGAAGCACGGAGUCCUCAACAAAAUCCUGAAAGGCAACAUUCGCCUGGGAAAGCUGGAGGAGAGGGUGAAGGAGUACAAGAAGCAGGCAGCAUUGAAGCUGGGUGACAUCCGUCAUCGCCUGGCGGAGCAGCAGGAGGACUUUGCUGGCAAAGCAGCUCAGUACCAGAAGGAGAUGAGGUACCUGCAACGGAUGCUGCAGGAAAAGCAAGAAGUCCUGGAUGAGGCGCUGCAGCAGAAAAGAGAAAUGGAAGGUGAGCUUGAAAUGGUUCUGGAGUCCACUGCCAAGGAAAACCUCCGGAUGCGAGGCCUUCUCCAGGCCACCCUGGAGAGGGGAGGCACACAGCGCACCAGAGCUUGUGAGGACACUUGCCUCGGUGGCAUCACUCAGGGGGAACUGCUGGUUGGCCACGAUUUCAGCUACGGUGAUGUGCAGCCUCCUCCUGCCACUGCCCGCCAGGAUCUGGGGGACUCUGUGGCAUAGGCCUCCUCUUCUGAGAUGGACUUCCUCCAAGCUGGUGGGUGGCUCCUCUCCGCAGGAGGGCCAGUGUGACAAGCCUGUGGAAGCCACUGAGUGUCAUAGCCAGAAGGAAAUAAACCAGCCCGGCAUCAAAUGCU